ACUUUGGCGAACCAAUCUUCAGAAGCAGCAAACCAAACAUAUGGUGACAGAAAACGCUACAGAAAUCUCCAAAGUCCACAAAAAGUUGUAGGUUGAUGAUGACUAUUCAAGAUUCAAAUUCAGACACUUCUAACCCACCUGAGUACCUAACUGCUGCGACCUUGUGAGACUGCGUUCUAAGCUUUUGCGGCUGAAAUGUGGGUGGCCUCGCCUAGAGAGCCGGAUUUUGAGAUACCCAUCAAGCAUUUUCAAGGUAAGCCAAACCGAUUCCGGUUUAGCUCUGUUUUGGCUGUUGUUUUGUCUCUGUGUUUUGUUUCUUGUGGCUUUUGUGAUGAGCCGGCUAUGUUAUCAGCGCCUCUUGGUUUUGAGAUUUCUGGGUUUGAUAGAACUAGGACUUGGGUGUCUCAAAAUGGUGUCUUCGCAUUUGGAUUCUUGGAGUGUUGUCAGAAAGAUGAUGAUGGAUUUCUUGUGGGUGUCAGGUAUAAUUUAGGGGAUAAAACUGUAAAUAUACCUGUAUGGGCUGUUGGUGGUGGUCUUAGAGUGUCUAUGAACUCCACAAUCAAACUUUCUAUGGAUGGAAGGCUGGUUUUGUUUGAAAACCCUAGUGGUUUAAUUGUUUGGAGCAGUAGCACUUCUAGUUUAGGUGUUAAAAAGGCUACUCUUUUAAAUAAUGGGAACUUAGUUCUUGUGGGCAAUGGAGAUAGAGUGCUGUGGGAAAGUUUUCAUAGCCCAACGAGCACUCUCCUUCCUGGCCAGUCUCUGCUUUUUCCUCAAACACUAAGAGCUCCUUCAACGAAGUCAAUUUCUAGUUACUAUAACUUUGUGAUUCGGCGCUCUGGAGAGCUUGCCCUUGUGUGGGAGAACAAUGUGACAUAUUGGAGGAGUCAUUUGAGCUUUUCUAGUAGUAUUACUAUUAAGGAAGCAAGAUUUGAUGCAGAUGGGUUUUUGAGGCUAAUAGAUGGUACUAAUAGAACUGUUUGGUCGACAUCAAGCAAUGAUUUCAAAGACCCUUCUGUCACUUUGAGGCAUCUUAGGAUGGAUUCUGACGGGAACUUGAGAAUAUAUUCAUGGGACAAUGUGCUUCAUGAUUGGAAAAUAGCGUGGCAAGCAGUUGGUAACCAAUGUGAUGUGUUCGGUUCUUGUGGUUUGUAUGGAUUAUGCGGGUUUAAUUCAACAGGACCUGUCUGUGAUUGUCUUUACCAGGAUUCAUCGAACUGGGGAGCUUCCCUUGUCACAAUGGAUUCAGGUGGUUUUGGAUGCAAGAAGAUGGUGGAUUUGAGCAACUGCAAGAUGAAUACAAGCAUGCUGGAUAUGAAGCAGUCAGUUUUAUAUGGGCUUUAUCCACCUCAAGAUGUUCAUAUGAUGCUAAAUGAGAAAAAGUGCAAAGAAUACUGCUCUAAUGACCCUACCUGCAUUGCAGCAACUUCAAAAAAUGAUGGUUCAGGUAUAUGUACAAUCAAACGAACUAGCUUUAUUAGUGGGUAUAGGAACCCUUCUGUUCCUGCUACUUCAUUCUUAAAAGUGUGUUUGGUCCCUCAGGCUGUUUCAGCUCAACAAUCUGAUCCUCAUUUUAACCCCAAGCCAAUUCCUACAUUGUCUAAAGGAUUCAUUGACCGUGAAGGGGACAACAAGAAGUUUGUGGGAGCUGUUGCCUUGAUAGUUUUCGUUACAGUCUCAGGUUUGCUGACCUUUGAGACAUUUGUGUUUUGGUUUGUGUACCGUAGACGGAAAAUUAAGGCUCAGGCAAGAAUUCCCUUUAGCAAGGAUGCUCAAAUGAAUGCUCAUUACAGUGUACUUAUCAGGUUAUCCUUUGAAGAGAUAAAAGAGCUAACUGGCAAUUUUGCAGAUCAACUCGGCCCCACUGUUUAUAAGGGUGUACUUCCUAACAAAAGGCCAGUUAUUGCUAAGAAGCUGAAUGAUGCAACUGCAAAUGAGAAGGAUUUCCGAGUGGCAGUCUCUACCUUAGGGGAAAUGCACCACCGGAAUCUUGUGUCAUUAAAGGGUUUCUGUUUUGAGGCAAAUCACAGGUUUUUAUUAUACGACUAUGUUCACAAUGGCUCUCUAGAUAAUUGGCUCUUCAACAUGGAGCAAGGCCAGAAUGAUGGGAAUUGGCAACAGAGGUUUGACAUUGCUCUUGGAGUUGCAAGAGCCCUUGCUUAUUUGCACUCAGAGUGUCAGGUAUGUGUAGCUCAUGGGAACUUGAAGCUCGAAAAUGUCUUGCUUGAUGAGAAGUUGGCCCCUAAGCUCACUGAUUUUGGACUUAGAAGCUUACUCCAAAAGGAGGCAGCUUCCUCUUCGGAGUCGCCAGCAGAGAGAGAUAUCUACAUGUUUGGGGAGAUGCUGUUGCAAAUUGUGACACAUAGAAGAGAUAUUUUGAGUAACAGUCUGCAACAUUUAACUGACAGUAUGGAUGAAAAACUGAACUUGGAGGAUUGCACGGAUUCUGAAGGAAUAUCAAGAGUAAUGAGGAUUGCCUUGUGGUGCAUGCAAAAUCAACCAUUUCUGCGACCUUCUAUUGUUGAAGUGGUUAAGGUAUUAGAAGGUACACUUUCUGUAGAUAGGCCUCCAUUCUCUUUCACUCUUAGACAAGAUCAGAUGGAUGAAGCUGCUUUAAGUGAGAUUCAAGUAGGCUACUAGACUGAAGUUAACUUUGAUUAGAAAGAUAUGCAAAUUUUAACUAGUUUUAUUUUCUGCAUAGCAAGGUCUAAGCAAAAUUGUCCGAUGCACAUGGGAGUUCAAAUUUUUUUGUAAAAUUGUACCCCAGAUAUGCAUGAAUUUCUAUAAUAUGUAUUAAAUCUUUAAUGUAAAGACUGGCCUUCAUUGUGAAAUGGCUAAUCCAUCGCUUAGAACUA